AUGAACCAAACUUGGAAGAUCCACACCGUAAAUCGGUCUUUAGAAGUGGUGCCAAUGGAUCAGGAAGAUCAAGCCAAUAUGGGUGAAGAUCAGAUCUUUACGUACGUGACAGAAGGCAUAAUCCUGAGUUGCGUUUGCAUAUUCGGCAUGGUUGGGAACUUCCUAUCACUCAUUGUGAUGUUGAAGAGCUCGGCUAGAGCGGCCUUUUCCAAUCAUCUGCGUGGUCUUGCUAUCUUCGACACUUUCUUCCUGUUCAUGGCUCUUCUUAACAUGGGUCUACCAAAAUUGUGGCCUUGGUAUCGGGAGGGCCUCUUCAUGGACCUGAUCAACCUUUUAUUCGGAUUACUUCACACGUCCCGCGUUGGAUCCGUCUGUUUUACCGUGAGUGUCAAUGUGGAUCGAUUAUGUGUGAUUGUCUUUCCACUUAAGCCAUGUGGUUGGAAACGAUAUCUGAUUCCACUGGCGAUCAUCAUUGCUGUUCUAUACGAUCUUCCGCGCUUUUUCGAGUUUGACGUGGUGACCAACCCGCGGUCUGGCCAAAAACACGUCUUCACCACGGCAUUGAGGAAAAACGCGUUAUAUGUGUCCUUGUAUGUUUUUUGGAGCAAGUUCAUCUUCUUUGAAAUCAUCCCGUAUGUGACGAUUCUCAUCUGUAACAUUUUCAUCAUCGUGAAGAUCAGAAAAUCCCAACAGUUUCGCCGGAAGUUCAACGUGACCGAAUCAGGAGGUCGGUCCAAUCCAGUUCAGGAAAUUCAACCGGUUGGCAGUGUGGCCAGGUAUCCGUUACAAACAGUCAUUCAGACUGAGCCGCAUGUCCAGACCUCAUUAAUGAUGAGGGAAGUCAGUCAGAAGUACCCGAAAAAGCGCUUUCUUCAGAAGCAGGCGGAGGAGCACCAUCUUGGCAUCAUCUUGGUUGGCUUGUCCUCGCUUUUCAUCGUCUGUCAGUCAUUCAAGAUCGUCCCAGAUCUAUACGAAAUAUAUUGGUGCUCUCCCGGUGAGGAAUGCCCUAUGGAGGGCAUCAGUAACUCAGUGAUGCGAUUAUCCCAUCUGUUGGUAUGCAUCAAUUCUGCGGCGAACUUCUUGAUCUACUACAUGAAUGGAGAGAAAUUCCGCUUGGCUUGGGCUGAAACCUACGGGUGCCCACUGCGAUAUUGCUGGAAUCUCCGGCCCUCCAAACUCACGCAAUCUCUGCGGGGGUCGUUUAGCUCGAUUAUCAGGGAGCAACCCAAACGGUUCGAAGAUUUCCGUCAAGUGACUUCAUUUGAUGUGUAA